UUUCAGCACGUUCAGCGAUUGGCUGGGUGCAUUUGCUUUGCGUGUUUGAAGAAGAGCAUAAAUAGUCCACUGCUGUUAUGACUGGACAUUUAAUUCACGGCUGGGGAAAUCUCUAGCACCAAUCUACAAAAUUACAUAUAUCUUUUUAAAUUCGAUUUUAACGAUUUCAAGCGAAGAUUCAUUAUGGCUCAACCGAUGAUGCAACGAAAGCGAUCUUCUGUUAAUUUGGAUGGGAAAGUUAUGAAGAAACCAGUAGUCAAGCGACAGCGUUCUGAGCGAACGCUGGUAGCAGAAAAGUUCGAAAAAUGCCUUCUUCUUGGGAAUGCAUCACCAAGAGUGAUGACAGAAGUGCCGUCAUUUUUAUCCCCCAAACUGGAGCUGUCGCACGACAAAUACUCAGACGACUCCUUUUUUCUCGACAACGCCCUUUUUGACGAGAAAGACUCACAGACCAAGGAACCGAAGUGCGACAUCCAACGCGAACGUUCCUCUGAACCCGAGGUCGACGACUUCGGCCUGAGCGAGGAAGCGGAGAACGAAAUCGUGUCGUUCGACCAGGCAACGGUGGGCGAUGCCAUCACGAAGAAGGUCUGUCAAGAGUCCGAGAAGGACGUGGAAAAUGAAGGCGAGGAUGAGCCCGACGGCCACCACGGUCAAGGAGGGCUGAAGGGAUUCAUCGACAGAGUGGCUCACACGGUCGAAGAUGUUGCGGAAGGACUGGUUGACUUUGUGAUGCCGCAUCGUGAUCUUCCUCGCCAGGAGCAAAUAGACUACCAUGAUCUGGAGGGGUUCACCCUCCAUCUUCCGGCUCACUUCCAUCCAUUCGACAGCCCGUGUCCGUUUGGUGCUCGCCUGAAUCGAUCGGAUAAUGGGUAUAGGCUUGCCAGAGUACUCACCGACACAGCAGCUCACCAUGCUGGCCUGAAAGAAUCUGACGAAGUAACUCAUCUGAAUGACAUCGAACUGAAGAGCUUUGACACCAUUGAUUUACAGAAGCUAUUUAUGACUAUCGACGCCACGUUCACACUGACGAUUCUGAGAAGAUAUGUUGAGGGGAAUACGGUCCAUCUGAAGAGGACUACGAUACGAGUGACCGUAGCUGAUGAAAUUGUUGUGGAAGUGGUGCGCUCGGAGAUCGUUUGGAGUCGAAAGCCGAGACAUGUUUCGACAUCGGCACUCUCUUACGUUAGCCAGGAUGGGGAUGGCAACUCACAGAUCUACCUCAAUAAGCAGGGAGAAAUGGUUACGAUGGGAACAUUGAUUGAUGAGCGAGCUCAAUUCUUCUUGGACUUCUAUGCGGUCAUAGGGUUUACGGAGGGCCAACAAUGUGUUAUUCGUCACGCGAGCACAAAUCAGUUAUACGACGCAGUUCAAAACUGUAUGAAGACGGUGAAGGAUAUCUUUAAUCCGGAUCAGAGUUUCAUGCUUGACAAAAUAAAGAGAUCAAGUAACCAUACGUUUGUCUUCGAGUCAGUAGAGCUCCCAGGACACUACUUAAUCUAUCAGGUACCUGGUGAUGACAGGACGCCGACCAUGUCCUCUGGGACAUUAAAGCUAUCUCAGUGCAUUUCUUCGCAAAUGGUGCCUUCCCAAGGAUCCUUCAAGAUCUAUGACGUCAAAGACCUUUCUAGUUCAAGCUCAUCGAGGAUAGGCCUCUGAUUCUACACAAGGCUAUCAUCAGAGGUCAUCGUCAGGGUCAUCAGGUCAUUGAAAACUACCUAUAUGCAAUAGGUCACCUACCAGAUCGCCAUCAAGUUGCCACUCUCUACCCAGGUGUAGUAAAUGGGUACCCGGUAGGAAGUAAUUCCUUGACUGCUCCAGCGUCUGACCAGGGUUAUGCUAAAGCCGGGGUAUUAUUAUAUAGUAUGCAGCGCUUAGAAACGUUGUUACACAUUAUUAUUACUCAGUACAAUAGGCUUAAUAAACAGCAAAUAUAGUGUUUAUUGAUGUACAUAUAGGGGACCAUAACGGUUAUUUUGCUUGGUAACAUUUUUAAUGUUAGUUCAACUGGGUGUUAUGAUAUUACAACACCUUUUGAUUUUACUUUUACACCCUUUUUAGUGUUAUGUUCAACCUCUAUAGGGUGUAAACUUAAUACUUCAGUAUAUGGUACUGUAUAGGGACACACCACUAAUUAAAACGUAAGAGAAACAUAUCACAUUGGUUAAUUUGCUGAUUAGAAAUCUGAAAUUUAAACUGCGAGGAUGUCUAUCUUACUCCGUCAAAAGGAUUGGAAUAAUAUUUUUCGCGCUAGAUUAAUCGAUUCUUAUCCUAUCUGUACAAGGCCCAAUAUUACACAUACAAACAGAUGACCCUAAAAAAUUUCAAAAUAUGUUCGCUUUAACUGGAAACAUUCCAUAUAAUUGUCUCGUUGCGCAAAGAUUGCACUUGUAAAUAAAACUUGUAAAUAUCACGAUGUUAUUUAUGUUGCUUCAAACCCCUUCUCUGUAUGAGGAAUUCACUUGCCGUAGUUUCUGAGAAACACUGCGUAUUUUUUUAAAUGUAUAGCCAUCACUAUUCGUAAGUUUUAGUUCUGUUGCUGUAGGGACUCACGUAUCAUUAGUAUAUUUUGUGAGCUAAGCAAAAGUUAAGUUGGUCAAACAGAAUUGAUCCCAAUUGAUCAGAACUGUUUUAUCAUUUGCUUUAAGGAUAUUGAAGAAUUUGUGAAUGAAUUUAAGUCUAUUUUUAUUUAAGAAAUGGUAAUGGAGUAAAAUUAUUUUAUAAAAAGUAAUGUGCUGCUAUAAAAUUUUGUGUAUUCCAGACGUAUAAUCAUAUAAUGUUGUGUUCAUCGUCAUGAAUAUAUUUUCUAUUCAGUAAAUCUUAUGUAAGUUUACGGACAUUAAGGCUUACUCAGUUCGAAAAAACAAAAACUUUACAGAAGAAAAAAAAACAGAUUUUACAAAAAGAAAAAACCAAAUCACCCUGUAAAUUGUUUUAAGAGGAAAGAUUUUUUUUUUACAACUUUUCUACAAUUUUACAGAACAGGUCUGUUUUAAAAAAGGGGGAAAAAGUUCUAAUACAAUAAAUUUGUAAGGUUACAUACACCAAAUACCACUUUUCUGUAAUUUUACACAAAUGCAUGUAAGAUUCCACAGUGCAGUAAGAUUACAGGUGUUCUCGAGACUCUGCUGUAAGAAAUUUUAUUUUUUAAGUAGAAAUUUUCUAGCAAUUUUCUAGCUGCAUACUGUACACUGUGUUGGGUAAUGCAUGUUGGUAAUAUAUAUAUAUAUAUAUAUAUAUAUAUAUAUAUAUAUAUAUAUAUAUAUUCUGGGGAAUUAUUAUACAAUUGAGCAAAUUUAUUACCUAAUUAUUAGUUUUUAUUACCCAAUUUGGGCAGAUUUAAACCAAUGGUUGUGUGGACAGUAUGUUGCCCAGGGUUGGUUAAAUGUAACUGAUAUGAAUCAUGAUAAUUGAUACAAAGCCUGGGAAUAAUAUGUGGUAAAGUUGAUGUACGUCUGACUCAUGUAAUUAUUCUACAGAUUACAACUUUUGUGAUAGAAUUUUGUCGGUGUAAUAUGACUGUGUUGCGAUAUUAGUGAUGGAAAUUAUUUUUGUACGAAAUCAAAUCAUAAUAUGUGUAAAAUCACUGUUAUUCUCAAUAAUAAUUCAAAAUCUUAUUUAAA